ACCUCUUUCUCGCCUGAAUUUCGAUGCUUUCCAACAGUUCUUGUUCAGCAUUUCAGCUCGAAAGAUGCAUUAUUUUGUGGCCCAGUGCUUCAUAAUGGCAAUUCUUGCCGGGAUUAGCCAGCAGGAUGAUGACUUUAGCACGCCGAGUGUCGCCUGGUUGGAAUAUCAGCGGGAGAGAUUCGGUAUGAGCAGUAAUCCCUUCCUGUUUGAGUCCACCAAGGCACCAACAGUCCAAAAUGUAGAGGUGGUCACCCCGAAAGUGGAGACCACAUCCAGGAAACAUUCCUCCAGCUCGACCGAAAACGCAAGUCAGGAAUCCGAAGAGGAAGAGGAGUCCACGGAGCCACCAAACGAAGAUGAAGAAGUUGGGGUGCCCAGUGUUCAAGGAUUUUUCAAGUUUUUAAAGAACAUGCAGAAAACUUGGAUCAAGAAAUCGACUCUGACUUUUGGAAAGAAAAUAAAGUUGCUUCAAAACCUGCGAGACAAUCUUAUAAAAUUAAUAGAGCAACAGUUCGCGGUUCUUUGGCAGCCACCAGAGCGAAAAAGGAGACGUCGACGUGGUAUUUUGGAUGACUCGGAAAUAGACUUUCCGCCUGAGGCGGCAAUCAUGAGCAUCAACUUCUUGACAUUCGCCGUUUUCCUCAUUAAGCUCGUUAUGCAAGUGGUUAAAAUUGUGAAAAGCAAACAUGUUACCUUUUCUGGAUUCACCUUUUCACCAGAAGCUGCCAGACGUCCAUAA